GCUGGCUUCCUUGCGACCCUCUGCCAGCCCUCGCACGUCCCCGGCCGCCGCUCAGCCGCGCGUUUCCUGCGCCUGAAUUAUCAGAUUUCCCAUACCCCGCCGGCUAAAAAAUUUCCUAUCGUGUAUCUAUUACGAUUGCCUUUUAUCAUCCACCGCGUCUAUCCGGGGGUUUCGAUUCGUGUGCACUGUGAAGGGGGAAACUAAGUCCGCCUUUUUUUUUUUUGUGCUAAACCGGCUUUUGCGGGCGUUUGAUACUCUUACUAUACGAUCGCGUCAGCGGCAGUCACCCGGACUGCCUUGUCGGCUUUCUAAUUUUAUAUCCCACGCCCCCGGAUUGUUGGGUGUGUCAUCCACACCACCGAGCACGCAAGGGGGGAUCCAAAACGGACCUGUCUCUGGGACAGCACCAUCAAGGCAAAUAAUAUCCCCCCCUCCCUCCAUCUUAGCUUCCAAUGGUCUCUAUGGUUGAGACCGCCAGUUCCACGCAAAAUGACCCGGCCAUGGACCCGGUCGUCCCCAAGACCGAGCCCUUGCCUGAGGGUUCGAUCAGUUCGGCUGUGUCGACCCCGGAGGCUGAGGGUGAGAUCCUGAUGCAGGAUGUGGCCCAGACGCAGAAGCGAAAGGGUGGAAGAAAGCCGGUACGUAAGAUGACGGCGCCUUUUAUACCUCGUGGUGUUCGUUGCUUUUCUCUUAUCUGGGGUUUUCAUUAUCAUCCUUUAUCUCUCAUCGUCCUCGUCCCUUCCCCCCAUUUCAUUUGUUCCUGCGUGCAAUCCGGGGCCCCGCACUGCGUCUAUUAUUAUCAUUUAUCAUUGCGAUUGUUCAUCCUUAUCGUCCUGUCAUAUCCCUCUCUGCUGCUGAUCUACGCCACCUCGGAGGAGCGGAAGCAACGCAACCGCCAGGCCCAGGCCGCCUUCCGCGAGCGUCGCACAGAGUACAUCCGCCAGCUCGAGUCCACCAUCAAGCGCAAUGAGGAGUCCCUGCAGACCCUGCAGCAGAAUCAUCGCAGCGCGGCCGAUGAGUGCUUGAUGCUGCGCUACAAGAACUCCCUACUCGAACGCAUCUUGCUCGAAAAAGGAAUCGAUGUGCAAGCGGAAUUGCGACUGAAGGCCGGGGCCCCUGGCGCGGGCGCGGGUAAGCCCACCCCGAUGGCGCCGAAACCUCCCACCACCCUGGAGCGCGCGGCCGUGAACCGCACCUCGGCCCAAAGGCAUCCCGGCAUCGCCCCCAAGGAGCCGUUCAGCAUGGCUCAGCAUCGCGACGGCGCCUAUGGUAUCCCGUCGCCGCAGUUCCAGGCCACGCCGCCGUCCCAUGUCUCCUCCCCGUCCCACGCCAAGUCUCCGGGCUUCCCCUUCCAGGGAGCCAUGUCCCCGGUCGGGGUCGACCCCCAAGCCCAGCAGCGCUCGCAGAUGCUCUCGCACUCGCGCAACCUCAGCCAAGCCUCGCCCCCGAUGAGCAUCGGCCAGCCGGAGUCGACCGAUCCGAAGUCCGCUCUGCCGGGUGGUACGAAUCCCCGCGCUCCCCGCGUCCCCUCCGCGUACUACCCAUCGCCAUUCCAGAAGCACUAUGACCAACUGGAACAGGAGUACGAUGCCCAGGCCGAUAUGAUCGACGAGGAGCACGAGUCCGCGGUGGGUGCGUCGCCCUACGUCUCCGGCUACAACAACACCGCGCCCGUGCCUGCGGGCUCCCAGCCCAUGGGGGCUCACAGUCUGAACCAGUAUCCCCCCCACACGGGGGAGGGGGCCAAUGGCGCCUAUGGCAAUACCAACCACCUCAUGGGGAACUACGAGCCGAUGUUGGAUGCGGAUCCCUUUGGGUUGAGCGCCAGCAUGCAUUUCCAGACUCCUUUCAGUUACGAGCAGAAUAAUACCCGCCAUUAACCCUUCUGUUUCCAUUUUUCGUCUCUUGUUCCACCCGCGUUGCCCCGUCUGCCCGAGGGUGUAGGCACCGGGGACGGCACUGGCGGAAGAAGAGACAUGCUUGA